GGAGUACAGUCACUAGACUCGUGCUGAGUAACGACAUGAGUCAGUAACAAAAAGUAAAGCUGUGUUGGCUUCCUAUUUAGAUCUCUCUCAUACAGAUUAUUCCAUUGGCCCUUGUUGUUGGCUGAUAUUACACCUUUACUCAUCACCCAUGAAGGAAUAACAUUUCAUUCUAGUUUGCUCUCUUUUUUUUUAAUCACUGGGCGUGUCCCAUGUCCUCCUUCAACUGGAUCAGCAGCCUCAUUUGUCAGCGAGCCAGAUGACUUUAGUCUAGAACAGAGAAUCUUGACUGGGACUUUCUGGAUUCCAUCUUGUGAGAAAGGAAAUCUUUCUAGAUUUUUUUUUCCUUCUGUGAAAUAAGAUGAUAAUGGGGCUGUCAGACUACUAGCAAGGACCACCAGCUUUGCUUAUCGAAAAAGAAUUUGGUGAAUGUGUGAGUCUUCACUUAAAACAGUUGAAUGGCGCCAUGCUACUGUCGCUUGCGGAGAGUGUUAAUCUGUGUGUGCACACCAUGCAUCUCCCUGGCCCUGCUGUUCGUCUACAUUACCGUCAUGUUGUGUAUGGCCAUGAAUGGAACAACAACGUCGGGGACCGCAGUCCAGGGCCUGGACGCUGUUCACUUUGUUGCCUCGGGAAACAACCCUAAAACUUUCUGGGCGCUCCACCAGCAUGGGGACGCCUUUUGGAACCGUCUCCAGCGGACUCUCGACAACCAUUUCAACCCCAUCCUGCGCCCCAACAACACCAAGAGGGGAUUUGAAAAUGGUACAUUUAAUGAGUCCCUACUGGCGCAAGGUUUCUCUGAAGUUAUCAACUUGGACAGCACGAGGAGAAACUUUGACCAGCUACCACAGCAGAUACAGGAGUUUAUAAGCCACAUGCAAAGGAGAGACUACCCAGCCCUCCUCCAGCCAGAUGGAGUGUGUGGAGCUGGGACAAAGGAAACGAAGGAGGCCCCUCUGCUUCUCCUGGCCAUCAAGUCAACAGGGCAGAAUUUUUUGAACCGGCUGGCCAUUCGACGUACCUGGGGCCAGGCAGGAUGGGUAGCAGGACCGAAGAGGAACGGAAAUGGAGGAGAAGGUGGAGGAUACGUCCGUAGGGUGUUCCUGCUAGGCAAAGAAAGUACUGAGGACCGGGGUGUGAAUGCAUUAUUGCAGAUGGAGAGUAAACAGUAUGGAGACAUUCUGCAGUGGGACUUCAAGGACACAUUUUUCAACCUCACCUUAAAAGAUGUGCUCUUCUGGAGCUGGUUCAAACGCUCGUGCAGCCGGACUCGCUUUGUCUUUAAGGGGGACGACGACGUCUUCGUCAACACCCCCAAAAUGAUAAGCUACCUCCGGGACCAGCUAAAGAAGCCACAAGCACACAAGACACUACGAGACUUCAUGGUUGGAGAUGUGAUAGCUGCAGCUGUACCGAUCCGAUUCAACGAGUCCAAGUACUUUAUGCCAGACAGUUUCUACAAGGGCUUCUAUCCUAUGUAUGCAGGCGGUGGAGGGGUGGUGUACUCAGGACUGUUGGCCAAACGCCUACACGACAUGUCUAAAAGGCUUAACCUGUUCCCCAUCGACGACGUUUAUGUUGGGAUGUGUAUGGUUCGGCUCAACGCUCAACCUGUCCACCACCCUGCCUUCCUCACGUUUGACUUUCCUAACAAGGAAGAGGAGGAGCUGUGUUCCUAUCACACAAUCCUAUUGGUCCACAAACGAAGCCCCGACGAGGUAGUUAAACUGUGGGUCCACGUGAAAAAGACACAGGCACAGUGUUGGGAUGUGCCCCUAAGAGAGGCAAACAAGUAGAAGAACAAACUGGAAGACCAUCCAAAGUUUCUCUAUUGAACGAUUUUGCCACAACAGUCUGAUAGCAUGUUUAGUGAGCUGCUGUCAGUCGUAAAGAGGUGACACUGUAUUAACUGCACAGUAUUUAUUAACUUCAGUCAUCCAUGUUUUGGGGCCAUAUUUAAAUAUAUGUAUUCCUUUCACCUGAAAGGCCACUGAUUGCCAUUCAUUAUAUUUCAUAUUUAUAGUCGAUAUAU